CUUAAUUAUGCAACAAUUGCCAGCUCAUAAAGUUUACGAAGUUUAAGAAAGUAAGGAAACAGCAGAUGCUGUUGCCUAUGCAUUCCUAUCAAACACUGGUGAGCCUGUGCCAUACCCAUAUAAAUACACUAAAAUUGCAGACGAUGAUGUCAGAAUUAGAAUUUUAUUUACUGGAUUGUGUCAUAGUGAUUGUCUUCAUUCAAGAGGAUUGUGGGAUCCAUACAUUACAUACCCAAGUUGCCCAGGACAUGAAGUGGUCGGAUCUGUAGAAAAAGUUGGAACAGGAGUCACAAAAUUCAAAGUGGGUGAUAAAGUUGGAUGCAAUCCAUAAAGAUGGAUGUGUUAAACCUGUGAGCAAUGCAAGAAAGGAGAUAAUUAAUUAUGUUCAUAAAACAUUGGUUUAUAUGAUGAUAACAAUUUCGGUGGAUAUUCAACUCACAUCUAAGUUGCUGAAAGAAUGGUCUUCAGAAUUCCAGAGGGAUUCAAUGAUGCUUUGGGUUCUCCCUUAUUAUGUGCUGGUGUUACAGUUUAUGCUCCAUUAAAAAGAUUUUACAAACCUAAUUAUACAUGUGCCGUCAUUGGUAUUGGUGGAUUGGGACAUUUGGCUGUUUAAUAUGCAGCUAAAUUAGGUAUGACUGUCACAGCCUUUACAACAAGCAAAAACAGAGAAUAAGAAAUUAAGAAAUUAGGCGCUUCAAAUUUAUCCAGUUCAAUUGAUAAAGAAAGUUUGAAAACAGAAUAAGGAAAAUAUGAUAUUGUCAUCAACACCCUUUACAUUGAAGAUGAAGAAGUCUUCAAAAGCCAUCAAAGAUUAACUGCCCCAACCGGUACCUACAUCUAAGUUGGAGCUCCCCCUUCAAAAGUUAACUUCAAAUUAGAUCAUGCUUAUAUCAUCUUAAAUUAAAUCAGAGUUGCUGGUUCCUUGAUUGGUAGUUAUGAUGAAACAUAAGAAAUGCUUGAAUUUUCAGCCUAAAAUAAUGUUUAUCCAAUUGUAGAGACUUUUGAAUUCGAAGAAUUUCCAAAGGCUUUUGAUAGAAUGGAAAAAGGCCAAGCCAAAUUCAGAUGUGUAGUAAAUGUUGGAAAAUGGGCUUAAGCUAAUGGUUUAUGGAAAUGAGUUUAAAUCAAUUAUAACAACAAUAUGCAAAUUAGAUACAACUUUUAAUAUUAUA